AUGGUACAAUAUUAUAUUCCAAAUAUCGAUGAAUGCUCUUUUGAUGAGUUUAAUAUUCAAUAUAUUAUUGAAAAACAUUUUAAAACUGGAAUGAAUAUAAAUGAAUUUUGGAUUCAAACUUUCAUUUAUUAUGUUCAUUGGAAAUUUCACAUUUUUUUAUUCGUUAAAGAUGAGAAAGAGGAAGCAAAUGGUUGUAAAAUACAAGGCUAUAGGGAAUGUGGAUUUUACGCAUCAUUAAUCAGAGAUGUCAUUCUUAAGGGUCAUACCUCGAAAGAGGAUUCCUUCCUUCCAAACAUUUUAAUACAUCGAUACCUAUCAAGAGAAGAAAUUAUGAAAGAAGUCGGAUACAUUACCGACAUUGAAUCUUUUAUCGAAUAUAUGCAGGGUAGGAAACUAAGAGCCGAAACGGUCGCCGCUAAAGAUAUAUCAUGUAUUUCUUGGGAAAACCGAGUGAAGCUUUGGCGUGACAUAUGGGAUCGACGCAAAGAAGUUUGGGAAAUGAUUUAUAAACGUAGCAACGAAGUAAAGUCGAAAGAUCAUGUUCCAGACACCGAAGACGCGUACCUUGGAAUCACAUCUAUCAAUCAAAUUGGUGUAUUCAAUGGCUGGCAGAUGACUUGCGAUCUAUUAAUGAUGAAUAUGAUAAAACUUCAAAAUUUUUAUCAUGCAAAAAUUGGACCCGGUCCUAAAAAGGUUUUACUAAAAAUGAAUGUGAAAAUUCCCCAAUUUAAUGACUUUGUUGAUUUGGUCAAUGAACAUCUUAACAAGGAAUUAUUUAAAGAUCAUAAAAAAUUAAGAGGAUUAGAUAUUGAUGAUAUCUUGUGUAGUUUUAUCGGUAAAGUGACUUUAUACGAGAAAUCAUUUAAAUUUUUGAAAAAAGGUUAUGUUAUGAGAUAUGAUGAUAUUUUUAUCAAAAAUGAAUUUGAAAAUGUCUCGAAAAGAAUUCAAACGAAAUUGAAUGAUAGGAAAAGGAAUGGAAGUAUCAUCAUGAUGGAUCAUAAAUUCACUACAAUUAAUAGUAUUUUCGGUGUUUUACCGUACAUGGCACCCGAAGUAUUAAAAGGAAAACCUUAUACACAUGCGAGUGAUAUUUAUAGUUUUUCUAUGAUAAUGUGGGAAAUUACAACAGGACUUCCACCAUUUUAUGACAAAGCACAUGACUUUGAAUUUAUCUUGGAUAUUUGUUUAGGUGAACGUCCUAAAAUUCCUAAAAAUGUUCCAAGUAAAUAUAUCGAUUUAAUGGAAAGGUGUUGGGACUCCAAUCCAUCAAACAGGCCAACUGCAGAAAAAGUUCAAAAGAUUAUUAAUAGCUUUGAUUUUUGUAAAGAAGAUAAAGAUUGUGCUGCAAACAAAGGAAAUUUCCAUAUGUCGCAAACUUUAAAUAUUUCAGAGAUGGUAUCAAGAACCCAAUGUCUAUCAGCAUUUCAUAAUAUGGAAGCUGCUGGUCGUAAUAGUGGACUUGAUAUUGGAUCAAGUUGUACUAGAGAUAGGGAAUGCAAGUCUCAAAUUUGUCGUUCUCAUAUGAUUUCGGGCAAAAAUCAAUGUCACAGUAGUGAUGACCGUCCUUUUGCUGAUUGUCUUGUGGAUCAAGCGUGUGCUUCUGGAAAAUGUAAUAGAACGCAUGGAAUUUCUUUAAACGGAUUUGGUGCAAUGUCUGAAAAAUCUCGUGAACUUGGAGUGGAUUUUUCUAUUCAAUUACCUUCGAAUUCAAACGAAAUUGUAGAAGACUACAACAGAAAUGUCGCUACUUCUUUCUCUAUAUCACGUUAUCCCUAG